CUAGAACUUGAAUGACGCCGCUAUCCAGUCACUCCGGAAUACAUGUUGCAAACAUUCGUGAAAUCAUUCACUCACUUGAAAGACCGCCCACAUGCAGAUCGAGCCUUGCCUAUGCUUCAACGGGUAGCAACUCUAGUAAAACCUAUCAUGAGGAAACAUGGCUGGGUCUUGCCGUUAUUGUCUGAAUUUUUUCCUGAAAGCCCUAAUCUAGUUGGGCUGAAUGUGAACGGAGGAGAGCAGAUUCUUCUGAGAUUGCGCCUUCCAUGGGCUCCCGACAUCUUUUAUGAGGAAGAUCAAGUUGUUCGGGUCAUGCUCCAUGAACUUACUCAUAAUGUUCAUGGCCCUCACGAUGAAACUUUCUACAAGUUUCUAGCUGCACUCGAGGACGAGUAUGAUGCACUAGUGCGCUCUGGAUACGCUGGUGAAGGCUUCUUUUCUCCCGGCCACCGACUGGGCGCAGGGGUAUCCCACGACCUUCCGCCAGACUUAGCUAGACUCAAAGCUCUUGAAGCUGCCGAACAGAGGCAUCGCGCAAAUGGUAUACUCGGUUCCGGCGGUAGCAGGCUAGGUGGACGCAGAACCACUGCGCUGCAAGGCAUGGAUCCUCGUGAACUGGCCGCACAGGCUGCCGAGCGCAGAAAGCGUGAUGAGAUCGAAUGUGGGUCGGGUGUACUUGCCCAGCGCGAAGCCGAGAGGGCGGCCAAGGAAAGCAUAGAAGACAUCAUCGACCUUACCGAUGAUUCCCCUCUAGAACCGUGGUCUUGUCCUGUGUGCACACUCGACAAUGAGCCAAUUGUGCUACAGUGUGCAGUAUGCCUCACUGUCCGUCCUUGGAACUCGCCUAGAACUGCGAGUCAAUCACGUGUCGUUGCUGGACCAUCGAGGCCACAGGGUAGUACUUCCGGAUCAAUUUCUGAUACACACAAACAGCCCAGAGUCCUUGCAGUGAGGCAGCCAAGCAAUGCCAAGGACCCCACGCCUCCUCGCAUACCAGCCGAAACCUCAGUUGGUGGUGGGCAAUGGGCUUGCACGAUUUGCACGCUCAUGAACGACCAACGGGUAUACAAAUGUGCCUUGUGUUUAACAGGGCGUCCUCAAGAUCCUCUUUUGGGAUGGACUUGUAAAACGUGUGGUGAGGCUGACAUACCCCACCAGUUUUGGUCAUGUCGAUUUUGCGGCGUGGUCAAGACCGAGAGCACUUACGGCUGAAGGGUUUAGUUUUCAGGGGAUUCCAGGGCUCCAUUUCCCGAUCUCUCACGACUGGGGUUACGAAUGUAGGACUUUCACUUUGACAGUUAUCCUCUCAUGUAUUGUUGUUUUGGGCUGUGCCCUGUGUAAAUAUUCUCAUCGAACGAUGGAGUAAUAAAGUGCCUGCUCGCGACUCUGCGAGAGACGUAAUUAGUUGUUUGCCAAAA